AUGGAUUUACAUGUAAAAAAGAAUAAUUAUGAUCAAGUUUUAAAUAUAAAUAAAAAUCAAGGAAAUUCAAAUUAUGAGUUGAACGAAAUAAAAAAUAAUAUCAACAAUAAUAAUAAUAAUAAUAAUAAUGAUAAUAAAUUAUUAGAACAUAACCAUUUUAAUAAUAUAGAAGAACAUACAAAGGAAAAGCAAAAUAUAUUUAAUUCAAAUGAUGUGAGUGAAAUAAACACUAAUAUAACAUCUAAUGUAGAACAAAAUAAAGAGCCUAAGAAUAAUAUUGAUAGUAAAAUUUAUUUAUCACUUAAUAGAUGUGAGAAUAAUGAUUUUUUAAAAAAAGAAGAUUAUUAUAAAGAUGAUAAUUAUAAUGAUAAUAUAUUACAUGGAUUAGAUCCAAGUACAGUUAAAACAUCAAGUUCAAAAAAGGGUUGUUUGAUAUUUGAUAAUAAUAAAAAAGAUGAUAUAAAUAAAAUGAGAAACAUUCAUAGUGAUAUUAGUAAUAUAGAAAAUAAAGACACCUACCAUAUAGAUGAAAAGGAUAUAAACAAUAAAAUAUGUAAUAAUAAUAAUAAUAAAAUAAAUAGUAUAAAUCAUAUUAAUGAUAAAGAGAAAACAUCAAACAUAUAUAACAUAUCAAAUAUAUAUAACAUAUCAAAUAUAUCUAACAUAUCAUAUGACAAAGAAAUUAAAGAAAAUUCUCCAGAUUCUGAAUAUGAAAAAACAAAUGAAUCAUGUAAUUAUAAAGAAAGCAUAAAUUAUAAUAAAAUUCAAUUUGAAAAGAAGAAAAAAAAAAGUUCUGAGGAAAAAAAAGAAAGAGAAAAAGAAUUAUUAGUUGCUUAUUGGUUAAACGGUAUUAUUGAAUUAUUAGAAAGUGGAUUUAAAAAUGGUAAUAUAAAUGGAAGUAAUUCAGUAGGUAAAAAGAUCGCAGAAGUGUUAAAGAAGGUUGUAGAGAUAUAUCAAUGGAAGAAUGUAUUUGAUUUAAUUGAAAUUAUAAAAUAUUUAGGUAAACAAGUUAUUAAAAAUAAUAAAAUGUUUUUUGUAAUACCCAAUAUAAUAAGAAGAGUAUUAACAAUAAUAAGAGUAGAGCAUUUUAAACAGUUAUAUUUAUAUAAUAAUAAUUAUAUGGAUAAUAUUAAAAAUAUCAAUAUGAUUGAUCAUAACCUAUAUGAAGACAACCAAGACGUUCAAAUGUGCAACCAUGCUGACAACAGGAAUAAUAAAAAUAGUAAUAUUAAUAGUAAGAGUAAUAGUAAUUGUAAUAAUAAUAGUAAUUGUAGUAAUAAUAUUAAUUGUAAUAAUAAUAUUAAUUGUAGUAAUAAUAUUAAUUGUAGUAAUAAUAUUAAUUGUAGUAAUAAUAUUAAUUGUAGUAAUAAUAGUUGUGAUAAGAACAAGGUGAAGAAAAAAAAUAUGACGCCCAUUUCCAAACAGGGAUCAAAAAAUUUAGACAACUUUGAUAUAAACACAAAUACAUUAUAUCAACGUGAAAUAAAAAACUUCCAUAAAUCAUUUUCAUUUUAUUUUGAAAAGCAAUGCAAUGAAAGCACUUAUAAAAUACCAGCUACAAAUACAUUGAAACAUUCUAUAAUAGAAGGUAUAGAAGAGCUUAUAGCUGAAAUAGAUACAUCAUGGGAUGAGGCUGAACAAAGAACAUCAUAUGAUUUAUUUACAGAGAAUGAUGUAAUAUUAACACUUGGAUAUUCAGCAGGAGUAGAGAAAUUUUUAAAAACUAUAAAUAAAAAAAAAGAUGGAAUAUCUGUUAUAGUUGUAGGAGGAGAUAUUAAUAGAAAUGGAUAUAAAAUGUCUCAAUCAUUAAGUGAUGAUGGUGUUGAUACAACAUAUAUAUCUGAUGCAGCUGUAUUUGCUGUCAUACCUAAAAUUACUAAAGUUGUUUUAGGUUCUGUUGCUGUAUCUUCAUCAGGUGGAGCUAUUACAAAAAUGGGUGGUUAUAAUAUUGCUUGCUCAGCACAAUUACAUUCUAAACCUGUAAUUAUUGUAUUACCAUUAUUUAAAUUAAUAUAUGUUCCAUUAUAUGAUCCUCUAAGACAAAAUGAAUUACAACCUGGACCAUCUCUUAUAUAUAAUGAUGAAGAUGUUGAAAAUCUUCAUGUCAGAAUUCCAAAAUAUGAUUACAUACCAGAACAUUCAAUAACUUUAUAUAUAACAGAUGUAGGACCUGUAGAUUCUUUCCAGUUAUAUAAUAUAACAAAGAAAAGAUAUCACCCCGACGAUAUGGACUUGAGUUUUGAAUAA